UGAAACUGCAGAGCCAUGGUGCAGGAUGGAUAAAAGAUUCUUAUUAAGAGUGAUCGCUAAGAUUUCUCAUCCUCACCGAGGGUUUUAAAUCUCCUGGUCUGGAUUUACAAUACAAUUCAUCAGUCCUACAACAGGCACAUUGAAAACGGAGGUGGGGGAGGGGGGCGGUCUGAGAAUGAGUGUGAGAAUCACCUGUCCCAUUGAGUGUGUGUUUCUGUCCGGGCGUGGGUGCCCACAGCGCGCGCGUCUGCUCGAAGCGCCAUUAGGGAUGCCGUUUAAUUUGAUUCAACAGGAAGGAAGAGGGUCAGAAUGCACAAGAGCAGGCAGAUGUGCCAGAGCAGCUACUGCGCUCAGUGCACUUCCUCAGCCUGUGCGGCUGCAUGACGAAGAUCUCCCUCCCACGCAUCUCCGUGCAUUAGCGCUCCAGUUCCCCGUGGCACGGAAGCCUGGGCUCAGCGGCACGCCGAUCCUCACGAUGGGUGACAAAGGCACAAGAGUAUUCAAGAAAGCAAGUCCAAAUGGCAAACUCACUGUGUAUCUGGGAAAGAGGGACUUUGUUGACCAUGUAGACCUUGUGGACCCUGUCGAUGGUGUGGUUUUGAUUGAUACUGAAUACCUAAAGGAAAGAAAAGUUUUUGUGACUCUGACAUGUGCCUUUCGCUACGGCCGAGAAGACUUAGAUGUUUUGGGAUUUACAUUUCGAAAAGACCUGUUUGUUGACAACAUCCAAGCCUUUCCACCAGUGCCCGAACAAAAGAACACCUUAACUCGUCUUCAGGAGCGCUUGAUUAAAAAGCUUGGAGAGAAUGCUUACCCCUUCACCUUCGAGAUUCCUACAAAUCUGCCGUGCUCUGUCACCCUGCAGCCUGGACAGGAGGACACCGGCAAGGCCUGUGGUGUUGACUUUGAAGUGAAAGCUUUUUGUGCUGAGAAUUUGGAUGAGAGAAUACACAAAAGGAAUUCUGUACGGCUCGUCAUAAGGAAAGUCCAAUAUGCUCCAGAGAAGCCUGGUCCCCAGCCCAUGGCGGAGACGACGCGACAGUUUCUCAUGUCAGACAAACCCCUGCACCUUGAGGCCUCGCUGGACAAAGAGAUUUACUAUCAUGGAGAACCAAUUAACGUGAAUGUCCAUGUCACCAACAAUACAAACAAGACUGUAAAGAAGAUGAAAAUCUCAGUGCGUCAGUAUGCAGAUAUUUGCUUGUUCAACACUGCGCAGUACAAAUGCCCUGUAGCAACAGAGGAAUCAGAUGACAUAGUUGCCCCCAGUGCAACAUUUUGCAAAGUAUACACACUUACCCCGUUCCUCGCCAACAAUCGGGAAAAGAGGGGUUUGGCCUUGGAUGGGAAACUUAAACAUGAAGACACAAAUUUAGCCUCCAGUACACUACUAAGAGAAGGAGCUAAUAAAGAGAUUCUGGGCAUUAUAGUGUCUUACAAAGUGAAAGUGAAAUUGGUGGUGUCUCGAGGAGGACUUCUGGGGGAUCUUGCUUCGAGUGAUGUGGCAGUUGAACUUCCUUUCACAUUAAUGCACCCAAAACCAACUGAGGAAUCUUUCUACAAAGAUGUUUCAGAAAAUGAAGCACCGCUAGACACAAACCUGAUAGAAUUUGAAACAAAUGAUGACGACAUCAUCUUUGAAGACUUUGCACGUCAAAGGCUCAAAGAAGCAAAGGAUGACAAAGACGAUGACGAGGGGGGUGCCAAUUCGCCCAGGCCGCAGGACAGAUAAUCAUAUGAGUGCUGUGUGCUGCACUGUGAUGCUGUUUCACACCGAGCUGUCUGUGUCCUGCAGGAAAGCAGAAGCCAUGGAGACCUUUAGCACGUUCACGGUGGUGCCAUUGUUUUGUUUGGUUCAUGUUUUUAUGUUUAAUCCACACAGAAAUGUGGAAACGUAGGAAAGCAGCCUUUCAGCAAGGUAGAAAAGCUAUGCUUUACAACUUAGAAGAUGCCCAAUAAGCAGAAAUUAAAAAUGGGGCAGGACAUUCCAUUUGGUACAGCAUGCAGUUGUGGAAUUCACAAACGUACAAUAUACAAUAAAUUUUUGUUAUAUCAUUUUGUAACUUUUUAAGAUGAAGCUGAGAGGCAAAAUCCUGCCAAAUUAAAUUUAUUUGUAAAAAUGAAUGUUAUCAAGUAAAAGAAAUCAACACACAUUUUAGAUUCAAGGAUUCUGUUAUGUUGCCAGUUUAUCAGAUGUUUACAUUUUUAAUUUUUAAAUGUAUAGAUUUUUUUCUCUGUUCUGCAUUCCUAUGGACAUCAAAACACUUAUUAAUUCUGGAAAAAAAAAUCAAACAACAAAUGCACAUGCAAUCUCUCUUUUUUAUUCCAUUUUAAUACAGAUGAGGUAAACAAUCUCAGGAAAAAAUAUGCAGUGUUUUACUUACAAAUAAAUAGGACUCCUGAGCCGCAAACAUAUAAGGGCAUGUGUAAGUAUAUCUGAAUAUCAGUUUCAGUAUCAUUGACUAUAGGUGUUUCAUAAGCAAUGAAAUAUGAAUCUUAAUAGUAUGUGCAAUGCCGAAAAGUUACCAUUUAAAUGCAAGAGUGGCCUUGUUUUUACAUGAUGGAUUAUCUAUAAUCAGAUAAAGUCUUUCGGUGAAAAUAAUUUUUGUUACGGGUGCAGUUUAUUUUAUUCAUUUCAUAACAAGUAUUGUGUUAAUGAAAAGAGUUGAAAAUUGCUGGUAAGGAAGGGCAUUUUUCAAGGGACUAUUCACAGUUCACGAUACUGAUACUGUUUAGCUGUGAAAUGACAAGUUAUCCUGUUCUGGUUACGCCUCAAUAGUAUUUUUAAUUUGUUUAUUUAUUAAAGGUAAAAAAAUUAACAUGAAAAUAUAUCCCUUCCAAAGCUACUGUUUUAGCAACAUAAAAUUUUAGCAUUAGCAUCUUUUUAAUUUUAAAUGAAGUAAAUUAAAAUGGCUUGUUAUUAGAUUCUUAUAGUGCUCAGCAGUCAAAGUAAGCUGCUUCCUACAGCCCUAAUCUGGGAUCAGUUUCUACUGUAGUACAUGCUUUUAUUUUACAAAGGUUGUUAAAUAAUAUUUAUUUGAUCUUUUUUUAGAAGAAAUGCACGUUAAAUUUGUGAACUGACAAAGGUGAAGCAGAAGAUGAUGAAUCAAUGAACAGGCUAUGUAAUAAAUAAUAAAGUAUAUAGCUAAUUAAUGCAAGAAGGUCAAUUAUAAAUAAUGCUUAAGGAGUAUAAGGUAGAAUAAUCUAGAGACACACAUUUGCACUGCUAUAAUAUAGUCAUAAUUCUACAGUCCUCUCCCCUCUACAAAAUGCUAUGAAAUGCCAAAUAAUGGAAAUAAAUCUCUAUGGAAAAAUUGGGUCCAAAUGUUUUCCUUAGUAAAUGAAAGAUUAUGAGAUGCAAGAAUUAGGCAAGCUGGUGGUGUCAGAUAUUAUUUUUUUAAAAACUGGUCGUAUGAUACAACAAUGUAAAUGUUCUGUAUUAAGUUUUGUUUUCUUCAGGAAAUUAAACGAUAAUCUUGAAAACACAAAAUGUGUUUCAAAAGGGUAGACAAAGUUUGUAAAAAAUUUUGAGGCAGAUCACUAUCACUGUAUACAUUACCUACAUUUCUACAUUCCUCUAUAAUUAUAAUAUUUGUCCUAUAUAGCUGCGUCUAACUUUUGAAGUUACAGGGCUCCCUGUUGUUUUUCAAGUAGAAUUAUUAAAAAAUAUUUUUGUAUUUUUCUUAUUUAUAUAUAUUGAAUCUAUGAAUAGUUUUGUGCAGCAAGGAAAAUGACAGCAGGCAACCUUUUAAUAACCUACAAUAUUGCAUAUUGCAAUCUUUUAUAUUAAUUUGAAGGUUUUUAAAACUUCUCUUACUAUUACCUGAGAUCUUUUAGAUUUAUAGAUCAAAAUGACUUCAUUAAAACUCUCAUGAAGAUCAACUUUCCCGUUAUUUAUUUACCAGUCAGAAAGUAUCAGUAAUUAUGUACGUACUGUUUUGCAAUAGAGUGCAAAUCUUCACAAUGUUUACAAAACAUAGCAGCAUUUUUCAAAUGAAAACACUUAAUAUCGGCAUUUAUUACUGGACAUAAGGGAUAAUUUACAUCUUAUGGUAAAUUAAUCAUUUCUGGAAAAUGCUAGGUAAAAGAAUGUAAUUUUUAAAUACAUAUAUAUAUAUAUAUAUAGAUAUACAUUGUUAUGCUUGUGGUCUGCAUCCAUUUACUCAGCAGAAUAAAAAUCUAUGAAAAU